AUGAAAGGGAGCCCAAGGGGACCAACCCGCCGAAGCCUGAAGUGUGGAACAGAGAACAAUAGGACUGGCUCCAAGGAAUCAGGAGCCAGAGAAGAAAACCGCCCCCCCAUCCCACAGCCGAGGCCCCCAGAGGAGUGGAGAGUACUGACCCCCAGAACCCACUUAACACACAGGAACUCCAGGAACAGCAGAUAA